GAAAUAAGCAGAGGAAAAAGGAAAAUGUUCCUUUUUCUUGUGCUUGCACUUAGCUUAUUUCACCAGUGUUAUGUUUAUCUCACAAGUGUGAACCAGGCUUACUAUUAUCAAGAUAUUCAAAAUUGCGUUACAUAAAAUAGGUUAACAUAGUAGCUAAAACUAAGAUCUACAAAAAUUACAAAGUGCCAUAAGCUUUCUUAAAAAGGUCUCGUUAAUGAUUUUUGUUUUAAUAUCCAAGGAAGAGCUUGAUUGAAUAGUAAAGGAUAGAUGAAUAAAGACCCAUUCUUCAAGUGUAUUACACUUUGUUUCACUGGUCAGUCCAGACAUUUGCACCAUUUCUAUAUUUUGAAGACCUUUCAUAAUGAAUACAACAGUAUAAAUUAACCGACUGGAAUAUAAUACAGUCCAACCCCUAUUAAGCAGCCACCUAUUAAAUGGCCACCCCUAUUAUGCGGCCAGUAGUAAAUGUCCUCAUGAGGGCUUUUGUAUUGUUUUUACCUCUAUUAAACGGCCAGCCCCCUCUAAGCGGCCAGUAUCCAUUUCCCCAAGGGUGGCUGCUUACUAGGGGCUGAACUGCAUAAUCUAAAUCAUCCUAAGUGAUAUCAAUCCAUUCCAACAUACCAAGCUCGAGUAACAUCAUAUUUUCACUUCAGACUGUACUGAAGUACAAAAUGGCCACCGCCCCAGACCCAGAUGAAGUGCUUCGUUCAACAAGAGGAAAAGAGAAUUUUCAACGCAUUUCACGACUGUUGAUAAGUGGAGGCACUGCACUACUGAGAGAGAUUUUUGAUUUGAUUUGUCCACCAAGUAAUCUUCCCACAACACUAAAGCAUCCAGCCACAGAGAAACAGCUCAUAUCAGCAAAGCUUACCAAGCCACAGUGGGACUGUCUGUACCCUUCCCCAGGGGUGUACGGCAAGUCAGCAGAUUUUGAUGUUACUCUGCUGUUCAGGUUGCUAAGGACAAUAUGCAACCUUAUCCCUCCCGCCACAGGCUGGGAUGCCCUGCCAACAAGUACAGACUACAGUUUAGCUGCCGAUUUGGUGAGAAUCAAAUAUUACCGAAACACACUGUACGGUCACGUGAACCAAAACAUGGAAAUUACAGAUGACGAGUUUCUAUCGCUUUGGCAAGACCUCAGCGAGGCUCUUGUUAGAAUUGCGGGUCAGAUCAGUCCAUCAAAGAAGCGUGAAUGGCAAGUGGCCAUUUUUAACUUUUUGAGGAAUCCCCUCACGGCAGAGGAUGAAAGAAAUGUACAAGAACUGCUGGAGUGGUAUAGAAACGACAUGGAAAUAAAGGAAUCCUUAGGGGAACUGAAAUCUACGAUGAAAGAAAUGCAAGAUGGCAUGGAACGUUUGGAGACUAGUUUGAAAGAUGUCGAUGGAGGGAUAGAAAAAAAUACCCAGGUAAUAGGAGAGAAAGUGCAGUGUUUAGAAACAGCAGUUCGAGAGGAAUCCCAAGAUAUCAAAGAUCAGCUUGGAGAGAUGCAUCAAUCCAUAGACAGGCUCAGCUCCUCCGCUGGCAUCUCUCAAGCAGCAGGAGCUCGUCUUCGACUGCGGAUUGACUGCGAAACAAUCUCAAGUUCUGGUCAACAAGGGGGACCGACUUCAGAAAUAGCAGUGGCGUCACGGGAACACGAAGCAGGGGUGCCCGCCCAAGGAAUGACAAUGUUACCUAUUUCAUCACAUACGCAAAAGGCAGAAACUGGUUUUCCCACGGAACAGCAAGUUUUGAACCUCGCGGCGUCAAAAUACUUGACGUCAAUUGACCGGCCAUCGGAACCAGAGGAUUUAAAUGGUUUGGUUUAUUACUUGGAGAAGUUACGAAAAGUCUUGAUUGUGGAUACUCAGUCAGGGAGUUUGAUCAUCACAGUUGAAUGUAGCUCUCUAGAAAUACUUGACGAAUUGUGGUCUGAUUAUUGCUCUGGCUUUCUCAAUAAAAUGGUGCAAAAAUUCCUUGUGGCCGAUGAGGUUCUGAAAGAGCUUGGUCUCACUGAAGCGAAGCUCACUACAACCAUUCUAGAGGAGGAGUACAGGGCUUGUCGAGAUCAUUUGUUGCAGCGUUCGGUUCAAGUCCCCCCGCGAAGCAUAUUAAGGGCAAAGGAUACGGGAUUCGGUCUAGAGUUAGCAGGAAAACAAGAGUCAUAUGAGGUGACGCCAGGAGAAGAGCCUUUAAAGGCGAUACCGGUGGAAGGACCUCGUGAGCCUACACCGAAAGAAGGGCGGAAUGAGAUGGCAUCAAGUGUAGGACCUAAUGAACUGACACCGCAAGCAGGAGGACCAGGUACAGAUAACGUAUUAGUAGCCAAAUUUCAGAGAUAGGAAAGAAUCCCACCACGUCAUUUCGCAGUGACUUAACAGAUGCUCAGGGGAUUCGUCAGACCUUCUCCAAAACGCACACAUAGAUGUGAUGACAAUGCCCAUUUUGUGAAGAUCUAUUGGUGUAAACAAUUAUAUGUAAAAAGGUAUAACGGAAUUCUCUGGUUUUGAGUCUACAGUCACACUUCUAGGAAGAAGGUGAAUUUCUCUCCAUGGAAAAUCAGUUGAAAACAAUUGUUCAUAUCUGCUUUUUGAUGUUGGAGUUUUCUUGAUUCUCUUCACAAGAUCACAAUAUAGCACCCUUGAAGAGAUGGGGAAACAACGCCUUUGCAAUCUUUGUAAUCAGCGUGUGCAUUUUGUAACUGUUGAUUUGAGAUAGUUUCCAUUCUAAUGGGAUAGUGCCAAAAACCAGCCCAGAUGGGUACCCCGACGUCCUACGGACGUCCAGUUUUGAAAGAAAAUUGUUUUAUUUUUCGCAUGCUGCUUUAUGUAUUGUUCGUCGGAGAAGAUCCUUGACAUAUUGUGGACGCCCAUUUUUCAGAUCCUGGCUAAAAGCCCGCUAAAAACACUCAUAAAAAGGAAGUAUUCAUCCUUCGUU